ACAGCCUCCCAGGCCAGAGACGUAUGGCUACUUGAACUAAGGGUGGGCAUGGUAGGAGAGAAUGCAAUGACAAUGCAAUUCAUCAGCCAUCGUUUCCCUGACUACCAUGAUCCCACAAUAGAAGAUGCGUACAAGACUCAAGUGCGAAUUGAUGAUGAUCCUGCAUACUUGGACAUACUGGACACAGCUGGACAGGCAGAAUUCACAGCCAUGAGGGACCAAUACAUGCGAGGUGGAGAAGGUUUUAUAAUCUGUUAUUCUAUCACUGAUCGCCGAUCAUUCCAGGAAGCUGCGGAGUUCAAGGAACUCAUCUAUCAUGUUCGACACACACAUGAUAUCCCAGUAGUUUUGGUUGGAAACAAAACAGACUUGGAAGAGUAUAGGCAGGUUUCGCAUGAGGAGGGCAUGGCCUUGGCAAGAGAAUACAGUUGCCCAUUUUUUGAGACUUCAGCUGCUUUGCGUAUCUACAUAGAUGAUGUCUUUUGUGGCAUGGUACGAGAAAUUCGAAAGAAAGAAGCCUUGCCAUCCUCGAAGAAGUUGAAGAGGAAAGGGAGUAUCUGGAGGAAGCUAAAAGGUUCGUUCAAAAAGAAAUUGGAAAACAUAAAAACAUGA